GCAGACACAAGAGACAGGUUUGUGACUGACGAGACAUUCAGAAGUGCCUGCAGUGAUUUGUAGAUUCCUUUCCAACACUGGAGGGAACAGCAACCUGUGCACUCCCCAGGGCCAUGAGAUAAUUUAACUCAUGCUUAUUCUCCCAAUGGAAACACAGAGACAGGGUUGACUCAACCGAAGCCAAUACAAACAUGGGAUAAAACGUUGAUAAAUGGUCAAAAACAUGGAUGUGUUUGAGAAUCAUCCGUCAAGAUGAUGUGACCUCCAAAGAGCCAGGCAUUGUCCCCAGAGAAUUUCAGGUAUCGGAGGCACACAUGGAAAUGGCACAAAGAGAGAUCCAAGAGCAGCGGACUAAAGAGCUGGUGGAGGAGAUCACAGAGGAGGAAUUCCUCAAAAAUCUCUACCUGUUCAUGAAGAAUAGAGAUACCCCCAUCGAGAGGAUCCCCAACCUGGGCUUCAAACAAAUUGAUCUAUUUCUGAUGUUCAAGGUUGUCAGAGAGAUGGGUGGCUACCACCAGGUGACAGUUCAGCAGCUGUGGAAGCAAGUGUACAACUCGCUGGGAGGAAACCCCCGGAGCACCAGUGCCGCCACCUGCACCCGCAGACACUACGAGAAGCUGCUACUGCAGUACGAAUGCCACCAGACAGGCAUAUUGGUGAACGUCUUGCCACGUAAUCAGCCGAAGCUCUUCCACUAUGACAGCUUCAGCAAGGAGCACGAUGGCAGCCCGAGGCCAGUGAAACGCAAACUGCCACCCAUACCUCUGCUCCAGAACCCUCUUUCCCUCCAGUCACACCUGCAUGAGAGUGUCUUCCCUCCGUUUCCCCGCUACCAUCCCUACUAUCAACCGAGUCACACGGUUCUGCCCCCCUAUGUCCCCAUCUCUUCCCCGGUGUUGACACCACUUAGCUCCCCAGCCCCCAAGCCCUGGUACCCUUUACUUACAUCUCACCUGAACCCGACAGAAAGUGAAAAUGAGCCGCUGAAGAAGCUGCGCUCUCUGGCAAAUCAGUACAUGACCACAUCUAGACUGACAGAGCCUUUGAACCUGAGCAUUAAAGAACCGAGGCGGGAAACCUACAGCAACCCCGCCUCAUCGUUCAGCAUACCUUUAUCCAGCAAAACCCCAAAGUUUCUGAACCAACCCUCCCCUCUGUACACUGCUCAUAGCCUGCAGGUGGGGAGAAAUGAUGGAUCUGAGACACAAGAGGUCGAUGCAAGUUUGGGAGACACAUCAUAUUCAUAUCCGGAGAAAGUUAGAGAGUCACAUGUCGAUCAAAAAGCUAUAACAGCCUCAGGUAGCCCCACUGCCCCAACACUGAGAACAGAUGAAGGUGCCUCAGCUAUGGCACAAAAGUCAAGCUCUCCAAAAACAGAAGUAACAAUCUUUUCGGAAGAAGAGAGAGUAGGGAGUCCAGAAUUGAGGGAGAUCGAUGUCAGUGAUAUACUUCCUGAUCUCCCUCGAGAGAAUGGAGGCAAGAUGGAAAUUGAGGUACCACUGUCUGUGUUUCAUAAAUGGCUCAAGCUGUGUGGGUCCUCAGUCAGAAUGCAUGGAUUUACGCAGGAGGAACACUCUGAGCAAAGAAAAUGUCCCGACGCAGAGGGAUUCCCCAUUAAUAUGGCAUCAAACAUGAAUCGCAAACACCAAAACUCAUCAGGUGAAGCUGAGGAUCUAAGGCUGCUGCGAACAAAUUUCCCAGGCUCCACCCAGAGUACCGGUAAUCAUCAGAAAACAAGCCAAGAUCAUUUCAUCAACUACAUUCCUCAGCAGUCAGAUAUCCGGAAAAGUGCAGCCAGCCAGAUGGAUAUUAAUAAGUCACACAGCUCCAGAGCCACGCAUUGCUGGGAUGCCUUUGACAAAAAGACCCAGGCUCCCACCAUCCCAGUGAAUAUUGACUCUAGCCCCCACACAGUACAGCAAGGCUAUACCACCUCCAUAUCCUGUAAUGAAGACACAGUGCAGGCGGGGGGGGGGGAGUCAGACACGGGGUUAGCAGCUAUGCUCCUGUUGAAUUCACCCUCUAACCCUCUGCUGCAGUUCACCACUGAAGAAGUGAUGAAGCUGAGAAGAAUCAUCUCCAGGUCACUGUGAACCUCACUUCAGAUUAUUACGCUGAAGCUCCAACACCACAUUCAAGCUCCCACAUUAUUUCUUACACUGUAUAUGAUUUGUAUACAUUUACAUACAUUUUCACUCAAUAUGCAAAAUAACUCAAAUUCAUCUCAUAAUCUUUCAUAUCAGAAGCAGAAACGGCAACUGUUGACCUUUUCUUUUCUUCAUGUACUGCAAUUGUAUUGUAAAUCUAAAAUUGUAAUAAAUAAAUGUCUCAAUUUUU